GGGACACCGCGGGGACACCGCGGGGACAGCCGCCACCCAGCCCGGGGACACCGGGGACUGUCCAUGGGGACAUCGAUCUGUGCUCCUGGGGACAGCUGGACCCCUGGGGACAUCACCCUGUCACCCUGGGGACAUCGAUCUGUGCCCCUGGGGACAGCUGGACCCCUGGGGACAUCACCCUGUCACCCUGGGGACAUCGAUCUGUGCCCCUGGGGACAGCUGGACCCCCUGGGGACAUCACCCUGUCACCCUGGGGACAUCGAUCUGUGCUCCUGGGGACAGCUGGACCCCUGGGGACAUCACUCUGUGACCCUGGGGACAUGGAUCUGUGCCCCUGGGGACAGCUGGACCCCCUGGGGACAUCACCCCGUCACCCUGGGGACAUCGAUCUGUGCCCCUGGGGACAGCUGGACCCCCUGGGGACACCAGGGACUGUCCCUGGGGACAUCAUCCUGUGACCCUGGGGACACCGCUCUGCCCCUGGGGACAGCUGUACCCUCUGGGGACAUCACCUUGUGCCCCUGGGGACAUCGAUCUGUGCCCUCUGGGGACACCGCUCUGUGCCACCUGGGGACACCUGUCCCCUGCCCCUAUGCCACCUGGGGACACCUGUCCCUUGUCCCUGCGCCGCCUGUCGCCGCCCUGGGGACAGCCCGAGGUGUCCCUGGGGAAGGGCCGGGCCGCUCGGUGACCCCCGCGGUGUCACCCGCUGUCCCCUCUGUCCCCGCAGCCGUCAAGUUCGGCCGCAUGUCCAAGAAGCAGCGGGACCGGCUGCAGGCCGAGGUGCUGGAACAGCUGGAAAAGCGGGAAAACCGGGAAAAAAACCGGGAACAACGGGAACAAACCCGGGAAAACCGGGAACAAACCCGGGAAAACCGGGAACAAACCCGGGAACAACGGGAACAAACCCGGGAAAACCGGGAACAAACCCGGGAAAACCGGGAACAAACCCGGGAAAAAUGGGAAAAGGGGGAAAAGCGGGAGGAGGAACGGGCGGCCCCGGGGCCACCGCAGCCCCCCCCGGCGGGGCGCUGUCCCCCGCUGUCCCCCGCUGUCCCCGCGGGCUGUCCCAGCAGGGCGUGGCCCGCGGAGGAGGUGACAAAGCGGGGACAGGAUGGGGACAGGGCGGGGACAGCGGGGACAGGGCCGAUCCCUCAGCCCGGUGCCGGCGGAGUCCCGGAGUCACCCGCGGGCCUGGAGAUCGAGCUGCUGACACAGAGUGUCCUGCUGUCACACCGUGCCACGUGCCACCCCCGCGCCGAGGACCUCCAGGGCCACCGCUGGGCCACCUUCAGCCCCGAGGAGAUCCGCGCCUACCAGAGCCAGCCCAUGGCGGAGAUGUGGCAGCGCUGUGCCCGCCGUGUCACCGAGGCCAUCGAGCGCGUGGUGGAGUUCGCCAAGCGCCUGCGCGGCUUCCUGCAGCUCAGCCAGCACGACCAGAUCGUCCUGCUCAAGGCGGGUGCCAUGGAGGUUGUCCUGCUCCGGAUGUGCCGCGCCUUCGACGCCGCCACCGGCACGGUCCUGUUCGAGGGCAAACUGGCGGGGCCCGAGCUCUUCCGCUCGCUCGGGUGUCCCGAGCUCGUCGCGUCCGUCUUUGACUUCGCGCGGGGGCUGAGCGCGCUGCGCUGCUCCGAGAGCGAGCUGGCGCUGCUCAGCGCGCUGCUGCUGCUCAACGCCGGCCGGCCGUGGCUGCAGGACCGCCAGCGGGUGGCGCGGCUCCAGGGACAGCUCGAUGUCGCCUUCCGGCUCCUGCUGCGCCGGACCCGCCGCGAGGGGCUCCUGGCACGGCUGCCCGCCCCGGGCCGGCUCCGCGCUCUGUGCUCGCAGCACCUGGAGCAGGUUCAGGCUUUCCGCCGCCUGCACCCCGCGGGGGUCUCGGCCGCCUUCCCCCCGCUCUACCGGGAGCUCUUCGCCCCCGACCCCGCCGAUGGCCCCGCGGGGACCCGCUGAGCGCCACCCGGGGACCGCGGCGACUACCGGGACCAUCCGUGACCCUGCUGAGCGCGACAUCAGGACCGCCGGGAUCAUCGGGAUUACCGGGACCGCCCCUGCACCUGGGGACACCUGGGGGUGCUCCCGCCCCGGCACCUGGCGGGGUUCUGUCCCCCGUGGGUGCCCGGUCGCCGUGGGUGCCCGCUGUCCUUGUCCCCCGUGGGUUCCCACGGUCUCCGUCACCGCGGGCUGUCCCACGGUCCCCCCCGCGGUGCCGGGGCUCAGUGAGGAGCGGCCGUGGCGGUGUUUAAUUGGAAUAAAGGCGUUUUUGGGGA